CAUCCUGACUGAAUUAGCAUAUGACUUGUGAUGAUUGCUGUUUUCUACUUGCCUGUUCUUCUUCUUGGACCCCCCCUUCGCUUUUUCUUUGACCGCGGCGUGUCUGCCAUAUCGACAAGAAACUUAUUUUGUCGAGAUAUUUGUUCCAAGUUUGGUUCACAGGUGACAAAGCAAGAAGGGUUAGGCGGCGACAAAGCGCCUCUCGUAAUGCCCGGGCGUCAUCCUACGUCAAGGCAAGCAGUGUGAACAUCGAAUCUAAAUUCGAUCAAGCCAAUGGUGUCAGAUAGAGCUCCUAAUUCAAUUAAGGUACUGUCUAGGCUUUCUGAGGUCCU